UUAAUGCACAUGCACGCGGUGUGCUCGUGUUCUGUGUAAUGUCAAGCGGAUCAUCGGAGCAAUUGAAGAAAUUUGUAUUUUCUUCAAAAUAUUCCGUGCGAGGAGAAAUCCGUGAAGAAAAGUUAGAGGUCGUUAUUCCCGAGUUAUUACAAGCCAGCUACUCGUUUUACACCUGGCCUUCAUCUCCAGUUUUGGCGUGGUUUUUGUGGGAGAACCGCCAAGAGCUCGUCAACAAAAACGUUCUGGAAUUGGGUUGCGGCACCGCCUUACCUGGAAUAGUAGCAGCAAAGUGCGGCGCAAAAGUGGUCCUUAGCGAAUCAGCGACGCUACCAAAGUCUCUGGCACACACCCGACGCAGUUGUCAACUCAACAACCUCGUCCUCAACCAGCACGUGAAGGUAAUAGGCCUAACGUGGGGGUUGUUUCUGAACGACUUGGACUCUAUCGGCCCUCUAGACUUCAUCCUAGGCUCAGACUGUUUCUUUGAACCUUCGACUUUCGAAGAGAUCCUCGUUACAGUGUCUUAUCUGCUGGAACCGAACGCGGACGCCAAGUUCUUCUGCACCUACCAGGAUCGCAGUUCCGACUGGUCGAUUGAGCACCUCCUCGCAAAGUGGGAUUUGGAGUGCGUCGUGCACAAUAUCUCCAACUUGGGCUCCAGCGUCGGCUUGAACAUCCAAGAUCUUGUAGGCGACCACAGCAUCCACCUGCUGGAAAUCUCUAGGAAGUAGAUCGAGUGAUGGCGACGAAUAGCAUUAGGAACUUGUACAAGUUGUAUGUCGCUAACAUUCCUUGGACGAUUAGCAACCUCGAAUUGAAGCAGUAUUUCAGCAAGUUCGGACACGUGUACCAGUCGAAGGUUGUGUUUGACAAGAAAACAGGGUUGUCGAAGAACUACGGUUUCGUCUCGUUCAGCAACAGGGAAGGGUUCGAAAAUGCAACCAAUGCGCCUUCGCACCAACUAGAAGGGAACUCGUUGAAGGUGGAACCGACCAAUACCGCUCACACCAGCAACGAAUAGUGCAAGCUCAGAACCAUGGCUAGUUUCGUAGAUAAUUUUAGUGAUCUUCGAGAACUAGGCAUUAACGUCAGUGACAGUAACGAUCCUUUAUCGAUUAGUUUCUCGAAGGCAGCUGAUCAUCUGCAGAAGAUAUUACCGAACGUGGAUAACCAGACGCUCCUCACCUUGUACGGAUACUACAAGCAAGGCACAGAGGGGCCUUGCAACACCCCCAAGCCCUCCUGGUACGACAUUCGCUCCAAAGCAAAGUGGGAGGCCUGGCACAAGCUAGGAGACAUGCCCUCAAAGGAGGCGAAGACGUUCUACGUUGAGAAAAUCAAAGCCCUCGAUCCUAGUUUCGAAGCAGACCUGUCUGAGGACCCCAAAGACCACUGGGUGAAAGUUUCUUCCAUGCCCGCGGAAAAUAUCCCUUCCUCCGACAUGACCCUCACGGAUUAUGUCAAAAGCGGGGAAGUCGCAGAAGUUGAAAAGCUCCUGAAGAGUGAACGCAGCAAAAUGAAUGAUCUGGACGGAGACGGCUUGGCUCUGCUCCACUGGGCUACUGAUAGGGGCAACUUGGAUAUGAUCAAGGUUUUGGUGGAAGCCGGGGCUGACUUGGGAGUGAGGGACGUUGAGGGGCAGACUGCCUUGCACUAUGCCUGUAGCUGCGGGCACGUCAGCUGUGUGGAGUACUUGUUGAGUAAGGGGGCUGAUUCCAGAGUGCUCGAUGAUGAUGGGAACAGUCCGACUGACGUUACGACUGACACUGUAAUAAAGGACUUGCUGAUGACCUAGUGCAUUUGUUUGAUCCAUUCUGUAGAAUUUUUUAGUUUUGUUUAAAUGGUUUAUCGCA